AUGUACCCUCUCUUGACCAUAUUCUAUAAGCUUUGCAAUGGCAGCAUCUUGUUUUCCAAUUCAUCGACACGGGAGCUAAAAAACUUCCUGUUUCCAACACCCAGACCUUCAAAAAGCGAUCUUGCAGAUGAAGAAGCCCUCCAAUGGCGUCGCGGCGCCAGGGGUCCACCCCGCCCCGCAGCUCGACCGCUGGCGGUCGCGUUGUCCGCCGAGGAGCAGGAGGUCCUCGCCUACUUGCUCUCCUCUGGUGGGGAGUGGCCCCGCCAGCGGGAACACCUGCCGGAGCUGGGAUGCCGCUGCUUCGGGUGCUACAAGAGCUUCUGGGCGCGGUGGGACGCGUCGCCGAACCGGAAAGGAAGGCAUCGAGUGGAAGGAGCAGGAACGCGGCCGCGUCCGCCGCAGCCGGAGGCGGAGGACGAAAGGAGCCGACUUGGAGGCCGCCUCGACGGCAGAGGAAGAUAAAUCAGCGCCGGAGGCGACGCACUUGCCGGAUGACGACGACGACGACGGCGACGAGUGCGACGAUCGUGCCAGUAACUCCACCAUUAACGGAUGCAAGAGCUCUGCGAGGGGAUUGAUGAGCUUCAUCGGUGAAAAUUUUUGGCGCGUUUGGAAGUGAAAUCAUUGAGAAAUUGAAAUGGGAAAGAAAAAAAGGCAGGACUUUUGACAUUCGAAGGUCAGAUUUUGAUGGAAGAAGUGAUCUGCCUCCUUUAUUUGCUU